UGAUCCUCCUUUAAAAGCGAUUUAAUGUCAGUUGGCCGAAACUGUAUUUCUUUGGCCUUCAUCUAUGUAGCCGGACAUGCUGCGUGAGGUUUAGUUAGUGUGCUAUGGAGGUUGAUACAUUGGAGCACAUUAGUUCUUUCCCGUAACGAGGUUUCACUUUAUUUCACUUCGGAUUGUUAGAGGAUCGUAACUAGUGAUGUGUCUGCUUGAUGUGUUUUAUAUUUCUAGUAUUACUCGCCAUUCCUGUAAUGAUGCUCCGGUCCUCGAAGAACAGGAGACAGAAGGACAGAGGCAGCUGCACAGUCUGUUACUACAGCAACUGGACACGGGGGCUGACAUAGACCGGUGCGUAGCCAAGAGGAAGUGCUUUGCUCCAGCGACGCUGUACAAGCCCUUUGGGGAGCAGGCUGCCGGAGUAAGGAGCCUGACCCAGUUUCAGGCCCUGCAGGAUGGGGAGCAGGAGCUGUCGAGUAUGCGGGAACUGGGCCUCACCGACGCUGAGAUAGAGCUGUGGAGGAGCAGAGAGAAGUCAGAGGCCGGAGAAAAGGGCCGGGGCGUGAGCGUAGCCCCCAGCGCAAGGCGCCAGCGCUUGCAGGCGAUCCAGGACAAGAUAGAAGCCCGGGUGGAGCUGCUGUCCAGACCACAGCGGCUCUCGGCCAGCCGGGCCCUGUCCCGCCGGGAGAUGGAGAUCGAGCGCUCCCUCUUCCAGGGAAGCGGGCGCCUUAGCUUUCUCUCUGCCCUCUACCACCAGGAGGAGGACUCUCAGUCAGGUCAGGACGGCACGUCGUCUUCAGGUCCUCUGGAUUCCCUUUACAGGGACGUUCUGGGGCGGAAAGAACCUGAGGCAUCUGUCGUAUUCAAGGACAUGCCAGCCAGUGACCCAGAGGGCUGCGCAAAUUCACAAACUUUACCACUUAACCAGCCCGACCAGUUUCGGGAAGCUGACCAGUCCCAUGCCCAGAGCGAUGUUGACACACCCCAGCUGGAUGGCCGGCGUAAUGACUCUGACCGAUCAGAAAACACUCAGGAAGCCUCGGGCCCCUCCCAGCUUCAGGGGGGAGGAGUCAGAGACCGGCUGGCCAGGCCGAAGCAGUUGAGCUUGAGUCAGCCAAUCGGGAGCCUGUGCACACCAGCGGGACGGGGAUCAGAGGGUACGAUGAAGCUCACUGGUCCCGUCGAAGAGGUCUCUGAAGAGGAGAUCCAGAAGAAUCGCGCGACAGAGGAUGAGAUACGAUCCAUUCCCAGAUUUCAAAGCUACCAGCAGGGGGCGCCAUCUAAGGUGCUGUGCGUCAAGAACCUGAGUUCACAGGCUUCCCUGGCGCAGAUCAUCUCACUGUUCUCACGGUUCCAGCGGCCCGGAACUCCGCCCCUGCUGUACCGCCUGCUGACAGGGAGGAUGAAGGGACAGGCCUUCAUCACACUUCCAGAUGCGGAAAUUGCCGGAAAGGCUCUGGAGCUGCUGAACGGCUACCGGCUGAUGGACAGACCCCUGGUCAUCGAGUUUGGGCGAGAGAGAAAGACAGAGUGAUCCCCCCCCCCCCCACUACAGAGACACAGAGGCGAAGGGGAGUGAAACUGUUUCCCAUUUGGCAGGAAUUAUCUUGCCUAUAAAUUCACUCGUUGCUGUUUUGUUUGUAUAAUUUAGGAUAAAAUAAAUGGUCUUAUUUGACGUA